UUUAAUUAAUGCAUAACGCCGAUUGUACAAAAGUUGGCAACGUUUCGUUUCGCUACUCGCGUAAAGUCAAAUUCAGGAACCACGUUCGAAAACUUGAUCAGCAUUCAGAGGAACUGAGGAUUUUGCUUGCCAUAUUUCAACACCAUGAUUACUCGGGAGAAUUAUCAAAUGAGGCAUGUUUCAAGUUGGUGUGGGAAAUAGACAACAUCAAUAAAAAGAAAAGACUGGAUCAAUAUGGAGGAGGAAUUUGCCUCGAACGACGAGGGCUUCGACGAAAACAUUUUAGAGGAUGAGAAUUUCCAAGUGGCUCCUGACCCUUAUAAUUGCACUCUACAAAUACACGUCAAAAGGGGGGAGGCCAACUCCCUUAAAAGGCUUUAUUUGCCGUUUCUCGAAGGAAUGGACCCUACAUUUCAAUUCAUUUCAAUCAAUGAAAGUAACGAUGUCAAUGCCGCAUUGGACUCCUGGACAGAUGAAAGUAAUGAUUCCAGCAUUUUACAAUGCCAGGCAAUAAGCAUUGUUCUAUUUCUUUACGAGACGUUUGGUCGCUUAUCAGCCAUUGAUGUCCAAAACAAACUCAAUUUUCCUCCUUGGAAAUUCCACCACAGGGUAGAGUUACCUGCGGACGCAAAACCUCGAGUUACUGCGCUUCAAGACUUUUACCAGACAUUUCCCGGGCUUCCGCUCUGGUCUGUUUGCCCGGUGCAUUAUGGGAACGAACACUUGCGUUUUCAUAUAUUUACGCGGAACUUUAUGCAGAUGAGAUCGUUCUAUGAGAUUUUAACCGGGAAGAAAGCCAUCAGCGGAUCGCCUGGAUUUUGUUUCUUUACCAUUUAUUCUCAAAGCGGCUUUGACGUUCAGCUUUCCCUAAAACAGUUGCAGCAGAUAUGCCCCAAACCGUCGGAAUUUGUGCGGUUAAAGUUUAAAAUUAAAGACAUUGAUACAGUGUUACCUUAUCUGGGCGAGCAGCCUCAUGUACAAAAAGAAAAUGGGUGGUGGAUUGUGACUGACCCUGACGGUAAUGAGCUGAUCAUAGAGGAGACUGAGCCGAGUCAUACCAGAACGAGGACAGGCAGACUCCUGUCGAGUACAAGUUUAGAGACCUCAGACUAUGACACAGCGUCCAUCGACACAGAGAGUUUAGCAGGGAGCAUGAAUCAUUCGCCUCACGGAACUUUAAAUGCAAGUUUUUCAGAGAGUUUUACGCUAUUCUGAGAGUUAACUGACCCUUAACUUACGUAAUGAGUCAUUCUGAUUCAAAGAGACGGAGGGAAGUGUUGUCGAAUCAUCUCCUCAUUGAACACCUCUUGCGAUCUGAUGACCGCUAUGAUUUCCUGUUUAGAUUUUCGAGAGAAUGUGGUGUUAUAUCGAGCAAACACCCUACAAAGGGUGUAUUCUCAUCCCUUUUUUACUAGCAAAUAUACGGAAAUUUUCAGAAGCUUUUUGUUUAGGAGCCGCUGGGUUGAACUGUCAAUCAUGAGCAACACAAAUAGAAUCACUGACUCAGAUAUUACCGAAUCACCCUCCUCCCCCCUCCCGACUGACCCCCACCCCCAAAAUAGAACAACACCAACUUGAUAACAACAAUUUCUAUUUUUCAUACGUCUUUCAUAAUGGUGGGCAUGAAUUUUACUCUUAAAUUUACAUGCAAAUAAGCUAUCUUUGCCUCGCUUUUGAGAAUACAUUUUACUGUUUUUAAACAUGUUGCCGAUACCAGAAAGGCUAGUUUAUGUGAAUGUGAAAAAAAUGGCAAUAGGGCCCGCAAUUUUUGAAGAUGUCUAUUUGAUAUACAAAACUUAGAGAAGCCAUACAAUGUUUCGUACUAGCUAUUCUAGGAAAUGUCAGUUUCAAUGCUUUUGUCAUGUUUUGGAAAUGAUAAACUAUAGUGAGAAGCAGAUUUAUCAUGAUUUGAAUUUGACUCUAUGGAUCGCAAGCUGCGGUCAAGAAGUUAACAGUUGAUGAGACAAAACUGAUUUUCUUUAAUAUUUUUGUAUGAAAGCUUACAAUUGAUUUUGAAUUAAGACAAGAUAUUUUUGUGUUUAUGUCAAAACCAUUCACCACGCGACGUGGUUCCUGAAAGGAGGUUAAUAAAUACUCUGUAUAAAGUU